CACCCCACUCCCCUUGUACCUUUUGCCGCGUCGUUACUGUUUGGGGUUCCAUCCAUGUGGAAACGGUGGACUGGCGACGCUAGUCCUCUGCGACAACCCUGAACCCGCCGAAGAAAUGAUACAAGUGUACUGAGUGCGAGAGAGAAGAAAGAAGGGCAGUUGAAAGAAAGCAAUAAAAGAGUCCAUCUCUUCGGCCGAUUGCCCCAAAGGCCCGGAGAAGCUCCCUGUUCCAGUGUUCCUAUCGAUCCCGUUCGAUCUCCAUCUCUUCCCUUCUCUCUCUCCCGCUCUUCGAUUCUUCUAUCUUUUCUCUCGAUUUCCCCCAAUCGUGUUCUCCUUGUCUUGCCCCUUCUCCAGAUCGCUCUUCCGCGAUCUAUCGGCGGGGUUUCUGAGAGGAAUUAGGGCGGAUUCGGCGAGGGAUUUGUGAGGUGGUGGGGCCAUGGGGAAGGGUUCGAAGACCGGGUGUCGGUCGGAGUCCCACCAGCUCUUCAAGGACAAGGCCAAGAACCGGGUGGACGACCUCCAGGGGAUGUUCAGUGACCUCCAGUCUGCCCGCAAGGAGAGCCGCACCGCCGAUGUUGCCGUCCUCGAGGAGCAGGUCCACCAGAUGCUCCGCGAGUGGAAGUCCGAGCUCAACGGGCCCUCCCCUGCCUCCUCCUUGCUCGGGAAUACUCAUGUCUCUUCAGAACUUCCCUCGGAAACCCUCCGGCUGUUGCAGCUUAGCGAGGAGGAGGAUGAUGCUACGAGCAAGCUGUCUGAGCCGGCCCCUGGGAACGCAAAGGCCGAGCCUUUAGAUGUUCCUGAGCCUAUUGUUGAGAAAAUUCAAGGUGAAGGAACUGCUGUCUUUCAACAGGUUAAUUAUGUGAAUCAGGAACUAACAGAACAUGGAUUUCUUUAUGGCGGGGAAUACCAAAGCAACCUUCCUGCUGAAUCAGACCAUGCCAUCAUAAAUUGCUUGGAUGGGACUACUCAUUUGGAUUACCAACAGUUCAGUUUGCAUCCAGAGCUGCACCAUAAUCUGUAUCUUGAUAUCAGUGCUAGUGAGCAAAAUGGUGGGGACGUGUUACCCCAUAUUUCAGACUUUCUACCAACAAUAUGCCCUCCACCAUCUGCAUUUUUAGGGCCAAAAUGUGCACUCUGGGACUGUCCUCGGCCUGCUCAGGUAUCAGAGUGGUGUCAAGACUAUUGCAGCAGCUUCCAUGCUACAUUGGCACUGAAUGAAGGUCCUCCUGGCAUGACACCUGUGCUACGUCCUGGUGGUAUCGAUCUAAAAGACGGUCCACUUUUUGCUGCUCUUUGUGCGAAGAUACAAGGAAAAAAUGUUGGUAUCCCAGUAUGUGAAGGCGCUGCAACUGCAAAGUCUCCAUGGAAUGCUCCAGAGCUUUUUGAUCUGUCUGUUCUUGAGGGCGAGUCACUUAGAGAAUGGCUCUUCUUUGACAAGCCUAGAAGGGCUUUUGAGAGUGGGAACCGAAAACAGAGGUCAUUGCCAGAUUACUGUGGCCGUGGUUGGCAUGAAUCCAGGAAGCAAGUUAUGAAGGAGUUUGGUGGGUUAAAAAGGUCUUACUACAUGGAUCCACAACCUCUGACCCACUUUGAGUGGCAUCUAUUUGAGUACGAGAUCAGUAAUUGUGAUGACCUCGCUUUAUAUAGGCUAGAAUUCAAGCUUGUAGAUGCAAAGAAAAGUGCCAGAGCAAAAUUGACUAGUAAUUCGCUGCUUGAUCUGCAGCAGCAGAUGGGAAGGCUGAAUGCAGAGAACUCUGUCGAUAACAAAAAGAAUGGCAAGAGUAGGACAAAAGCUAAUCAGAAGGACAUUGCUGAAAACAUAUAUUCAACUCCAAACACAGCUAAUCAGAAGGAGAAUGAGAUAAAUGUUUAUCAUGCUUCGGAUAAGAUGGCUUCUUCUAAUGAGAACUCAGCAUGUGCAGGCAACAAUUUUGCAGCAGGGCAUCUGUGCUCCUGAAUGCUUGAAUAUGACAGUGAUUAUGAACUGUAAUUGUUGUAAAAGUGGCUUAACUAUAAUGUCCCCUGGAUGCAUCUUUAACUCGAUGAAGGAUAAUUGCAUACACUGCUCCAGAACUGUGCAGGCAAAGUUACAUAAAGCAUUAUAUGCCUUGUAUGUAGUUUGUCCCUUUGUAAAGGUUUUGGGGAGUCAUGUUCUCUAGUACUUCAGCUAUUUGAAUUCUAGGCAACGCAAGCUGCGGCUCUUCAACACAA